CGAUCUCCGUGAGUUAAGUACGGCUCUGGGACUGUGAAGCGGGAGUGAGCUUUUGUUCGAGUAAAACAAAGAUAAUUCGCAUGAAUUAAAUACGAAAAAUAUUAUAUAAACGAGAGCAAAGACACAGGGAAAUAGCUUUAUAUAUGCGCUAACAUAUAUAUAAAUAUAUAAAUAUAAAUAUAUCAAUCUCGAUUUAUAUAAGUAUUAUGUGCUUACUUAUACUCUGUGAGUUUCAGUGCAUUCCGGUUUUGGAUUAAUCAACAAAUCAACGACGACGUCGUCUACUGAAAUACAAAAAUAAAAAAAAAAAUUGUUGCGACGUCAGUGGCUACUUUAAAUUCAAAACAAUUCAAAAUUCCCAAUCGAAGGAAAAAUCCACAUAAAUUAAACUGUUCUCUUUUAUAUUUGCGAAUCGACCUAUUGUAAAUACAAUUUCUAUCAAUUUCAAUACUCAAAGAAUUUUUGAGGAAUCUUAGUCAGCAAAAAGAAACAAGAGAAAAAACGCGAAAUGAUUAUAACAGAUAGUGUGGCACGUGUUCUUGGUGGAACCCUUUUGUUGUGCGCCUAUUGCUUGGCACAACAGCGCAUCCCGCCGCUAUCCCUGGGCAAUGCGCUGGAGGCGCUGACUCCGGCCGCCGCUUUUCAAGCUCAGAGCAGUCCCGACUAUUCGUUGCGUUCCAAUUUUGAUGAUGAGACGUUGCGUAGGGUCGCACAGGGUGCCCAGGAAUUCGCACUCGAUUUCCUGCUGCGCGUCUCCGUCGAGGUUGAGAAGCAUAACGCCGACUUUAUGAUAUCGCCAUUCUCGGUCUGGUCCCUGCUGGUACUGAUGUACGAGGGCGCCGGCGGCCAAACCUAUGAGCAACUGCGUCAGGCGCUGCGCAUCAACGUCGAGGAUGAGAAGCUGCGCUCGAUUUAUAAUGUGUGGAGCAAAUAUCUGAACACAAAAACUUCGACAAUUGAAGUGGCCUCUCUGCAGGCGCUGUACACGGACAAGAAUUCGCCGAUUAGGAACAGUUAUCGGGUUGCGGUGCAGUCUUAUGGAGUGGAUCCCGUGGAGGUGGACUUCUUCAAUCGUGAGACAAUAUUUCUGAUCAAUGAGGCCACCAAUCGCUCAACUCGUGGGCUCAUACCCUAUGCGGUGUUGCCUCAGGAAAUAUAUGGUGCUAAGAUUUUUAUGCUGUCGUCGCUGUUCUUCAAAGGCCAGUGGAAGUUUCCCUUUAACACAUCCUCUACUCGAACGGAGCCAUUCUAUGAUGAGAAGGGGGCAGUUAUCACCCAGGUCUCAAUGAUGGUGCAGGAGGGUAACUUUGCCUAUGUGACCAACAUUGAGGGCUUGGAUGGUUAUGUACUCGAGCUGCCGUAUGGUGAACAGAAUCGACUUUCUAUGAUUGUGGUGCUUCCGAAGCGGGGCUUUAAUCUCAAUGAUGUGGCCAGAAAUCUAAAGGAUUUGACUCUGUCGCCGCUUUUGCAGCGUCUUGCCAAGUUUUCCCGUGAUGCGCCAGAAGACAGUGUAGUCGAAGUUCUAAUGCCCAAGUUCACAACGUCGACGGACUUUAAUUUAAAGAAGUUACUCCAAGAGAUGGGCAUACGCGAUCUAUUUGAUAAAAGCUACUCAAAUCUAAGCCGCAUGGCAGAUGGUUUGUUCGCCAAUCUCUGUGUUCAUGCUACCAAAAUCAUUGUGGAUGAAAAGGGCACCACCGCAGCAGCUGUUACUGCGUCCGUGCUGAGCAACAAGUCGACGCCGCCGAAAUUCCAGCUAAACAGACCCUUUCUGUAUAUGAUUGUGGAGAAGUCAACCAAUCUGUUGCUGUUCGCCGGUCAAGUGAGAAAUCCAAAGGCGACAUAAUCCGAGUGUUUUUGUUUUUUAAUGACAUAACUUAAAUAAACUAGAAUUGCUGCGAA